UUUUGCCUCAAUAGAGAGAUUCCUUCUUUUCCGGAGCGGGUGUACCUACUUAGUUUGUGCGCGUUUAUUGUGCGAGGGUCUCCGUUGGUUGGUUGGCUAUUGCAGUUUGAUUUUGGGGUCUGAACAGUGCACAAGUGUUGGAUUUUUUUGCUUUUCGAGUUAUACAUCGCGUGUGAAGUAUAUGAUAGUGUUUUACAAAUCGUGUGCGUCAACCGUUGUCCAUUCAUUGUCUGCUCGCCUUUGCCGUUUAUAAUUUGCGCUGAACAAACAAUUGAUAAGGAUUCCCCAUGCACUGCCGUAUACGUUGCACGCGAAAGGUUGUGUGAGACAGUCGGCAUUUGUCUACCGUGGCUACCGUGCAGCGGUGGGUGUAAUGUUUUUUUGAAGUCUGGAAAUCAAUUAGCUUUCCAAAACCGAAAUUGGUUACGUAGUACGCGUUGAAUGGACGAGGUGCGUUCUCGUAAAGUGAUCGCAUCAUUAGCCUAUUUAAUAAGCUGUGAGGAGAAGAAAACCUGCAAGAAAAAGAUUCACAAAGACGUUUAUUAGCAACAAAUAUAGCUAACUACCUAAUUGAGUGUCAGUGAAGUGCGAAGUGAAUUUAACCAGCCAUGUCUGGAUGAUUCACGCUGCUCAGACAGUUUGAGUUUGUUAUUUAUAAGAAAAAUACUUUGGUUAAUAUUCAGUUGCUUCCGAAAGUGGAGUGGAUGUUCAAAAUGUUGUUUGCAUUGAUAACCUUCAUUUUGGUCUAGCUAUCGUAUACACACUGCGUUCAUAGAUUGAUUUGGACCUCAACGGCAGUAAUGUAGAUCGAAGAAACGCGAGCGAUCCAUUAUUUUUCAUUGUCCAACUCGAACCUAGUGUAGUGGCACUUUUAUUUUGCAAAAAAUACUAGAACAGAUUACAGUAUUAAAAAACAGAGCUGGUGAAAUUUUCAUACAUUAGUUCAUCCGUAAUGAGCGUUGGAAAAUUGUAACAUACAGUUCAACAAGAUUUCCGUGUAAUACAUUGGAGCAAAAAUGUCCACAAUAGCAGAUAUGAGUGCUACUAGUAAUAAGGACCAUAGUAAUAACAUCAAUAAUGUCACCUCUAGUGUUGACUCGCAAAGUCUGGAAGUUCAAGUCACAAUCAAAGAUUUACCAAUUACGUUUAAGGUCAAGUAUUUGGGAAGCCAGUACGCGAGAGGAUUGUGGGGCAUUAAGCACACGAGGCGACCCGUCGAUAAUCUAGUCAGUGCAGCCAAAAGCCUCCCACCGAAUCGAAUUCUUCCGUUCUGCAAUCUGACGGUAUCACUAGAUGGUGUUAAGAUGGAAACGAUCACCUCCAAGCAAAGUUCGCUGACAAACUUUACCAUCGAUACCAUCUCAUACGGGGUGCAGGACCUGGUGUACACGCGGGUGUUUGCCAUGAUAGUCGUCAAAGAGAACUACAACCUGAAGGAUGAGAAUCCAUUCGAGGUACAUGCGUUCGUAUGUGAUAGCCGUGCCAUGGCGCGCCGAUUGACAUUCGCACUGGCUGCUUCAUUCCAAGAUUAUUCGAAACGAGUCAAAGAGGCUGAGGAGAAUAACGGCGGUGAUACGAGCAGUAAACCAAUACGAAAGAAGUUUGCCAUCGAUUUGCGAACACCAGAAGAAAUGCAACAGGAUAUCACCGAACAGGAAACGGAAGCGUGAUUUCAUUUUGAUUGUGAUUUUAUUUUGUUUACCGUUACCGUAUAAAACCGACAGAUGUUCGAUGAUGUGAAAAGUAGAAAAAAAAACAGUGUUGUGACUAGUCCUUUUACCUUAUAAAACAUUUAACCAUAGAACUGCGAUAGAUUAGUAAACCACGAUGUGAUCCUCAGUUCGUACUGGGGAGUGUGGCCCAAAAGUACACAACUGCGACAUACCAAAACCGAUUGACACUUUCACAACAAAGAAAUUUCUUUUUAUACAAGAUAAAAAAUUAUUGUUUUGUUACUAUUUUUAAUUUUGUUAAAGAGAAUAUUUUAUUAAAAUUUCUUCCAACAUGUUUGAGAACAAUUUUUCAUAUGGGAAUUCAACUUGAGUAAUAAUCAAAUGAGUGGAAUAAAGUUGUAAUUGCACCAUCACGUGAGCAGUGUAAUUGUUCAUAGGACAAUAA